GUUUUGCAGGGAUUUUAAGAAUUUUAAAUAAAAAUUGAUGACAAAGUAGUGAAAGUGAAAUUUGAAUUUCACUUUCCUGUCUCUGGCGGAGACGAAUAGAGAGAAAGCGACAAACUCAACGAGACAGUAGAAGGCAGCGAAAACACAGCUCCACCACACUCCAAGCUUCGGUCUCUCCGCCUAAAUUGGGCUUUUGCGCUCCCCAAUUUACCCCUCUCCCUCUCUCUCUCUCUCUCUAGAUUCAACCGCUGCCUUUCCUGUGUCGUCGUCUUAACCGUAAUGUCGGCCGUUCCGAGUACCACGUGCCGGCAUUUCGAAAUCAGACCUGCAUUCAUCCCGGAUAAUCACCUCGCUUUGACGUCGUCGAUCAAUCACUGGCAGUUCAAUCUCAGGCCUUCGCCCGAGGUGGCUUUGAAUCGCUCAAAGAGGGCAUCAAUAUGUCCGAAAAUACGCAUGACAGCGGUAGAUGAGAGGCUAGUGGAUGGGAGAACUAUUGUGAAGCCAGCUGACAUUUUGGCAUAUGAUCUUGUUCAAGGAGCAGAAGUAAGGUGGAGUUACAUCUUGGACAGAACAGCACCUGAGCCUCCAACUGCUGUUCUUUUGCAUGGCAUUCUGGGUAGCAGAAAAAAUUGGGGAACUUUUGCUAGGAGAUUGGCAAAAGAAUUUCCUAAAUGGCAGUUUCUGCUCGUAGACUUGCGUUGUCAUGGUGAUUCAGCAUCUCUAAAGAACAGAGGACCUCAUAAUGUUGCUUCAGCUGCUCGUGAUGUUUUAAAGCUACUUGGUGUGAUGAAGCUCACUCCUCGAGUACUCGUUGGUCACAGCUUUGGGGGUAAAGUGUCUUUGAGCAUGGUAGAUCAGGUUCCAAAACCUCUCGCUCGCCCUGUUAGAGUCUGGGUAUUAGAUUCUACACCUGGAAAAGUUCGUGCUGGUGCAGAUGGAGAUGACCAUCCUGCUGAACUUAUUUCUUUUCUACGUACCUUACCCAAAGAGGUCUCUUCCAAACAGGAUGUUGUGGAUGCUCUUCUUAAUCAUGGGUUCUCAAAAGAUGUGGCACAGUGGGUGGUCACUAAUCUUCGACAAAUGAAAAUGAAUGGAGCAUCAUCACCAAGCUUGUCAUGGGCGUUUGACCUCAAUGGUAUUUCAGAGAUGUAUCAAUCAUACGAAGGCACAAAUCUUUGGAAGCUUGUGGAAGAUGUUCCUCGUGGCGUACACAUAAAUUUCCUAAAAGCAGAAAGAAGUUUGCACAGAUGGGCUCUUGAAGACCUUCACAGGAUCCAUGUUGCUGAGGAACAAGCUGUCGAAGAGGGAGGUGGAGUUGAAAUGCACCUCCUUGAAGAUGCCGGCCACUGGGUGCAUGCAGACAACCCAGAUGGGCUCUUUAGAAUUCUUUCGUUCUCGUUCCAAGGAUUCUAAGCAAUCAGUCUGACUACUGCAACAAAGCUCGGUCUAAAAUAUCAACACUUUUAUAGGUGUGAAGAGAAUUUAUUCAUAGAUUUUGUAGUUGCAUUUCAGCCAUGAAAGUAGAGAAAAAGAACAGAAAAACAAUAGCAUAAUAGCGACAUUUGCCUCUGUAUAAUAGGGCGUCAUUUUUCACGAUUGUACGAAGUAUUUAGUUAGAAUUAUUUGUUCUUGAAUUUAUUACACCUUAGUAUUGAACAA